CACGCCGCUCACUGGUCCCUUUCCCGACUCUCUGUUACAUUUUCCUUUUCGUUUUCAGUUUUCAUCACCACCUUUACGUUUCUUUCUGCAACCGUGUCUCUCGUUCCCUCUCUCUCCUACUCGACUUCUCGCGUAUGGUAUCCCAGUCCGGGGAGAUUUUUUUGCAUUUCCUUCUUUGGGGCUGGUUAAUUUUCCUCUGUUAGCUUGAAGCGGCAGGUAGAGAAGAAAAGAAAGGUGGAUGGAGAGGAAGGCGUUGUUGGUUUGCAGCGUUGUGGGUGUUCUGGGUUUGCUCUCAGUUGCCUCUGGUUUCGGCGCAGAAGCCACCCGGAUUAAGGUCUCACCCCUUACCCUCUAUGCUUUUCUGCUUCCGGAUCUCUUCAUUCUUGUACUUACUAGAGGCAUUGCACUUUAGUCCGGAGCUGGUUCAUUUCGUCUCCCAAUUAUUUCCAUCUUAUUCGUCAUCUGGGUUCAAUUUACUUUUCACGACGUUGAUUGAUAAAUAUGAACUCCCACGUGUACGUUGGUGAAACCUGUAGUGGGGGCGAAGAUGCAAUAAUAACUUCAUUCUCUAUGCUUGGUGUUCGUUCUUCUCUUGAGUCUGACUAGCUAGGCUCGGCUAGGGUUCGAAUUAGUACAUUGAGUCCUGACACUUAACUCUGCGUGAGUCUCGGCACAGGAUGAUUCUGUUUGAAGCUUAAAUUUGAAUUUGGGCAACCCUUCAAUGGUGACUUGUCGAUAGAGCUUUAUACGAGUUAGCAUUGAGUCUCCCCCGAGAUCCGAGUUAUAUUAUGGUUCGUAUUUUGCCUGCGUGUACUCCUUUCUCUCCCAGCGAAAAUGGGAACAUAAUACUUUAGUCUAACGCAGAUGGUUGUGUUAUAUAUGGAUUGGCUGCCAGGGUUCUCAAGUUCAGUUCACAACCACAACUCAAUGUGCGUAUCCAAGGAGUCCAGCAUUGGGUCUUGGUUUGACCGCGGCUGUUUCGCUGAUGCUGGCUCAAGUAAUCAUUAACAUAGCUACUGGUUGCAUAUGUUGUCGAGGAAGCCCUCACUCAUCUCAUUCCAACUGGACUCUAGCUUUAGUCUGCUUUUUCGUUUCUUGGUAAGAAUCAGCCUCACCAUUUAGUUUCUUCUGGUAGUGUGUUCAUGCUCAGCUUGCUUGCUUCAUGUCUAGAGUUAGGCAAACUUUUUGUUCCCCAGUCAAAAUGAAAUAUGAAGGGGAUGCUUCAGUAUAAUCCUGAAUUCUUACUGCUCUUGAAAUUGACACUGCAAGGCUUCCUUGCUGAUAUGACUAGAAUUGAAUACUUACACAGCAUAUAAAUUUCAUCUAAGUGACGCAAACGAACUGACCGCUCGUGUUAUCUUAGGAUAUGCUAGCUAACUUUGGAGGAGCAAUGUAAGUAGGCCUGUAUUGCUAGGGGUCCCAGAUUAGAAGAGUCUGAAUACUAAACCACUAUUUGAGACUCCCUCAAGUCAUGUAGUUGACCUAAACUGCAGAAUGUCAAACUUUGGUUGACCUUCUAUCAAUGACUAAACUGGAGGUAAUAAGUUCAGUUUUCUGAUCAUUGCAGAUGUCACCUUUGUCGGUCUUUUCCAUUUUCAAAUUUAAGGGAAAGUUUCUCAAAAGAUUUUGCUCUACGAUAUCUGAAAAACAAAAACAAACAAACUCAUUGCAGAUUUGUGUGAUUAGAGUACUCAUAUUGGGUGGACGGUAUUUAGGGAAAUGGUGGUGGAGAAAAUUGGGAUUGUGGGUCUACUUGUAUUGCUUGGUCAUGAAUGAACUUGGAAAGAUAAUGGCAUGGGCUUAUCUGCAUAAGGUACUGUUUUUUUAGAUUUGCACAUAAAAAGUUUAGUUAUAUCUCCUCUUCAUUUUGAAGAAUAGUUAUAUUUCUAAUGUUGGUGUCAAAUUUUGAACUUAGGGUGGGGAAUUCAAUUUGACAGCUAUGUUGCUCUUUACUACAAUGUACAGAAAUUAACCCAUUACAAAACCUCUGUUCUCUUUCAAAAAAAAAAAAAAAAACCUCAGUUCAAUGUUCAUGGUGCCGUCAUAUGUGUAAUCAGUAUUGCUGUGGAGUAAUUUACUUGAUUUAGAAAGAGCUUUUUGUUAGGCCAUGUUAACUUGUAUGUUCAAGAAUAGUAUGCCACUCAGAGUAAGGUUAUAAUUCCCUCGCAGAGGUGAAUGCAGGCAGACAAUUAAGAAAGUAAAUUCGAGACUUGAUCAAAAGAUAUGUGGCUAUGUGGGUAGCUCGUUCUUUUCACUUGGUAUGGUUCAGCUUCUGAAAUUCGAAGUGUUGUGUUUGAGUUUGACUGUGUCUGAGUGCUGCUAUUAUUUAUUAUUAUUAUUAUUAUAAUAAGUGCUACUCUUACUGCAGGUUCACCUUUGUGGUGGCAUUUCUCCUGCUGCUAACCGGAGCUGCACUGAAUGAUCAACACGGUGAACAGAGCAUGUACUUUGGCAACUACUACUGCUACGUUGUGAAGCCUGGAGUGUUUGCUGGAGGUGCACUGCUGGCCCUUGCCAGCGUGACCCUCGGAAUCUUGUAUUACCUCGCUCUAAAUUCUGCAAAGAGUGGUGGCAGUGGCAGCUUCUUAUGUGGGGGCCAUCAUCCUCCCACAACAACUGGUCCUAUGAAUAACAGUGGGAUAGCUAUGGGACAACCCCAAUUUCCGGCGCAAAGCAGCAGCACCACCACCCAAGAUCCAGUUUUCGUGCAUGAAGACACCUACAUGAGAAGGCAAUUCACAUGAUUUUGGGAAGCUCUGUGAGGAAGAGCUGGUUUCUUGUUGUAUUCGAGGACGAAAUGUGUAGAGGAGCUGUAUAGUUUGGCAAUCUUGUGUCUAUCAGGACUUGUUUGUGAGGACGAAGAAAUGCUUGGUUGGUUUCGAGUAUUUUUUUACUUAAAAAAUGAGUUUCAGUCCG